AUGCUGAAACCCAGAAGAAGAGAAACAGGACUGCUGCAUAACCUAAACCCGCUAGAGCCGUUUGGGGCUAAAAUAGAACGAGAUACGAGGCACUGGAUGCAGCGGGCUGGUGGUGUCAAGAUACUUUGGCGUUACUUAGCACUAUUAGCGGUGCUGUGGUUCGUGCUGGUGCACUAUUAUGAACGCACAGUAGUUGCAAGAGCGCUCAGACAGUGUAUGUGGACUUGGGAACCAUGGCCUACGGAAGCUACCCCUCACAGAGUGGCUCUGCUUGCGGACCCACAAAUCAUGGAUGAGCAUUCCUACCCAGGGCGGCCACAGUUCGUAAACUGGCUAACUCAGCAGCAUUUGGACAAUUAUCACCGUAAGAACUGGGUCUAUAUGCAUGCAGAACUGAAUCCGGAUAGCGUAAUUUUCCUGGGUGACCUGUUCGACGGCGGACGUGACCAGGAUCAGGAGCACUGGACAAAGGAAUACCAACGGUUCAUGAGGAUAUUCGAGCCACGGCCUGGAACUCUGACCGUAACUUCGCUAGCCGGGAACCAUGACAUUGGCUUCGGGGACUCGGUGGUUGAUUCAAGCUUGCAGCUUUUCCGGGCCUUUUUUGGGGAGCCUUCGAAAGCAAUCGACGUUGGGAACCAUACGUUUGUGCUAUUAGACACGAUCUCACUUUCAAAUAAGAAGGAUUUGGAUAUCUCUGCAAAACCGAAGGCCUUCCUGGAGACCUUUGACGUACAUGUGCAGAAAUAUCCUCGCAUUUUGCUAACGCACGUACCAUUGUGGAGGAACGUCAGGGAACAGACGUGUUCCGGCCCGCGGGAAUCCAAGAUCCCAUUUCCAGCGAUGUAUGGCUAUCAGUACAAGACUUUGAUAGAUAGUUCACUGACCGAUGUGAUUCUAUCUCGCGUCCAACCCGAAAUCGUGUUUUCCGGUGAUGACCACGAUUACUGCCAGAUAAAACAUGUGUAUCAAGCCAACGGCAAGUCCAAAAAUACCGAGGAGAUCACAGUUAAGACAUGUGCGAUGAAUAUGAACAUAAAGAGACCAGCAAUACAAUUACUUUCCUUAUACAAUCCAGAAGAGCCCUUACAAGACCCUGAUGAUCCAAGUUCUACCCUUAAGACAUACAAAACGGAAAUUUGUUAUUUACCGAGCCCAUACAAGGCGAUUAAAGUAUACAUCCUAUUUUAUAUUCUCUCAUUGGCUCUGCUCAUAUGGAUGAAUAUGUACCCUUCAUCUUUCAAUGCCAGAAUAGGUUUUAAAUUGAGUCGCUGGAUGGGAACUUCCGCUAAGCCAUUAUUACCAAUCUCCGCAAAACAAACUGCGAAAGACCGCAAGUCAGCUCUCCAAGGGAUGAUGUUCACAAUUACUAGUAGUGGAGGUGUGCCCACAGUCGUGGCCAACACUGCCGUGCUGACUAUCUUAGUAUUCUUGAUUUUCGCUUACCAUUAUAGAUCUAUUUAG